AUGCAGAGUCUCGCUCCCGGUGCCUCGUUAUCAUCUGAAUUGCUAUCUCAACGGACAACGACUGCGGAAGAUUAUGCCGCAUACACUGGUCUUCGAGAACCUCAGGAGGAGGAGAUGGAAAGGUACGAGAAAGGGCACGAAGCUCUUUCGCUAACCAGUACUCUCCACAGCCCGGUUCGGGGCAGAAAAGUGUCUCGAUGGGAUUCAGAAGGGAGAGGCCGACCGUACCAAGAUCCGUCAGAAGAGAACUCAAACGGCGAGACAAAUUGCGGCGUGCUGUUCGAUUUUAAACGGUGUAGACAGGUUGUCGAAACCACGGAGCGCUUCAAGAACAAGUGUAGCGAGGACUGUGAUGAGUAUGCCGUCGGCAGUCGUGUCUGGGCAUUUGGUCGAGUUAGUGGUUGCUUUCUGUGGUGUUUAUACACUACCAUAUGCGACUUAGGGUUUUAG